GUUAAUGAGGCAACUAGUCACACCUGUGACAGGUCCUUUAAAAUGAGAGGUAGAAGAGGUAGACCAUAACUCACAGACAACAAAGAGAGAGACUCCCAGUGAAUCCUUGGAAGAGUGUAGAAGGAGACCUAUCAUCAUGGCGACAUUGACCAUCAUUCUGCUUGUCAGCACGGUUUUUGCUCAGGGAGAUGCUAUGAAACGACCCAAGACCCCUUGUGAGCGUGCUAGAGAUGCUGUGAUAAAUGGCCCGCCUGGAGUCUACGUCCCCACGUGUGACUGCCAGGGAGAAUACACCCCUGAGCAACACUGGGGAUCUACAGGUUCCUCUUGGUGUGUUACCAGAACUGGACAAAAGAUCCCGGGUACUGAGACUCCACCAGGCACUGCUUCUGUCAAAUGUGCAUGCAGUGGAGCUCGCUGAUGAGAGGCAUUGGAACCAAGACGUUGAGAAGACUUUGCAAAAACAUUGGAAUUACUUUGAUGCUUGUCUUUACAGUACUAUGGGCGUUGAUUCACAUUCUAUAUGAAUAAAUCCAGAGCUAAAAUUGUUGCUUCACUUCCUUU